AAUAGACUUUUGUUUUGGAUAAGCUUUUUGGAUGAAAUUCGAUUCAUGUUAGAUUUAGUUUGUUGUUGUGACAUAUAUUCAACUAUUGGCAUGCAGGGAAGCUGUUUGUUAAAAUGCUUUAACCAAAAGAAAAUUUGCUGAUCUGUUCUGCGUUUUCUUUUUGCGGCAAUGACGUACACUGUAGUUUAAAAUCAGUUUGGCUCUCUUUUAAACUGUAGUUGCCACAUCAAACAAACGAAAAUGGGUGCCUUAAUUUAUCAUUAGUUGAUGAACUUUUCUUGUCUUGUUUAUUUUACUUUAAAAAAAUAGUUGGUCUUUAGUUGUGGGAAUGCUAAGGUGCAUUUUUCUUGAAUUUUACUCAGUGGAGGACGUCAAGGAUUUGUUUCGUUGAAUUGAAAAAUUCUUGCAAGAAUGCUCUUCAGGAGUUUACAAUGUAGCAAACUUCAGGGUCUGAACCUAAGGGGUUUUGCAUCGGUAACUCCUCAAGAAGUACUUAAGCCUGGGGAUGUGUUGAGAAAAGCAAGGGCUUUUACUGAGGAAGAUGUUCUGCAGUACUCCAAGGUGAGUUUUGAUUGUAAUCCUUUGCACCUUGAGUCUGCUGCUGCCAAAGACGUUGGAUUUGAAGGUCCAGUGGUACACGGGAUGCUUGUGUCUUCUCUCUUUCCCCAUAUCAUCUCCACACAUUUUCCUGGAGCUGUGUAUGUAUCUCAAAACUUGAAUUUUAAGUUUCCGGUCUAUAUUGGAGAUCAGAUUAUUGGGGAAGUGCAAGCAACUACUCUUAGAGCAAAUAGAAAUCGAUAUCUUGCAAAAUUUAAGACAAGGUGCUUGAAGAAUGGUGAACUUAUUGUCAUUGAUGGUGAGGCUGUGGCUUUGUUACCAACCUUGAAGUUGAGAACAACACAAGGAGCCGUAACAGAUCUUCAGGGUUCUAACUGUUAGUCAUUAAUACCUUUUUCCAAGGGAAUGUUAGACCUUCAAUUGCUACAGUCGUUGUUUGUGUUUUAAUGGAGACUUGUAGUCAUUGAUCAUGGGUUCUAAAAUGUGAUCCUGAACAAAAAGACAUAAAAAAUUGUUCUUUGUUAUUCUAUUCUUGCUGAUGAAAACACUCAUUCUUGGUUGUU